AUGUCGGUUCUGUACAUCUCCAUUGGUCGUAACCAGCUGAUGAUUCGUCAGAAAGGAACCCGAGUCUGGUAUAAUAUGAGUAGCGGUGGCCUCAUGUUUGCAACCGUAGACUCCACCGGCAGGUUGCCAGACGGGACGAUACUCUUGACCAUCAUCGAUGACGACGGCGAGAGGGUUACCUUACCGUACGUCCUUUUUACUCUAUCCAAACCCCCAUUCAAACCCCCGCACAGAGCAGCCGAGUGUGGUUGUUUGAGCCAGACCCGUUCCAACAUGGCUUCUUGGGAAGUCAUGGACCCAGUUCUGUACAUCUCCAUUGGUCGUAACCAGCUGAUGAUUCGUCAGAAAGGAACCCGAGUCUGGUAUAAUAUGAGUAGCGGUGGCCUCAUGUUUGCAACCGUAGACUCCACCGGCAGGUUGCCAGACGGGACGAUACUCUUGACCAUCAUCGAUGACGACGGCGAGAGGGUUACCUUACCGUACGUCCUUUUUACUCUAUCCAAACCCCCAUUCAAACCCCCGCACAGAGCAGCCGAGUGUGGUUGUUUGAGCCAGACCCGUUCCAACAUGGCUUCUUGGGAAGUCAUGGACCCAGUAAACUGCAUGACCGAAUACUGGACCAUGACCGGCAAAGAAAAGCCGAGGUAA